ACUUUGAAUUGAAUGGUUGCAGGGUUUUAGUUUCAGGUGAAGUGAGUGUUCUGUUGUGUCCCAACUCUUGACUAGUAUUUUACUUUACUCAGAAGAGUAGCUUGUGAACAGUAACUCUUGCAGGGUUUUCAGAUCAGUUUGAUAGCGAAGGCUUUGCCUGGCAGCUAUAUUGGGCUGAAUUUGCUGACUGAGGUGAUGUUGGAUGUGAUGAAGCUUAAAAGAUGGCUCGCAAGUGUUUUGUUGCUCACUAUUGUUAUGCUAACCUCCUCUACAUUAGGUGCAUUUGUGGGGGUAAACAUUGGCACUGAUGUUUCUGAUCUGCCAUCUGCUUCAAAUGUGGUUGCUAUUCUAAAAGCCAAUCAAAUUACUCACGUGCGUCUGUAUGAUGCGAAUGUGCACUUACUACAAGCCCUUUCAAACUCUAGUAUUGAAGUAAUUGUUGGUGUCACCAAUGAGGAGGUACUGAGGAUUGGAGAAUCACCAUCAGCAGCUGCAGCCUGGGUUAAUAAAAAUGUAGUUGCCUAUGUGCCAUCCACCAACAUCACAGCAAUUGCAGUUGGCAGUGAGGUUCUUUCCACUAUCCCAAAUGUUGCUCCUGUUUUGGUUCCUGCCAUGAAUUCUCUUCACAAAGCCCUUGUUGCUGCAAACCUUAAUUUACGGGUCAAAGUUUCAACUCCCCAGUCUAUGGAUAUUAUCCCUAGGCCUUUUCCUCCUUCUACUGCCACCUUUAACUCGUCAUGGAACUCGACUAUCUACCAACUCCUUCAGUUUUUGAAGAACACAAACUCCUCCUACAUGUUAAAUGCAUACCCCUACUAUGGAUACACUAAAGGAAAUGGCAUUUUCCCUAUUGAAUAUGCCCUUUUCCGACCUCUUCCUUCAGUGAAGCAAAUUGUUGACCCGAACACUCUAUUCCAUUAUAACAGUAUGUUUGAUGCUAUGGUGGAUGCCACCUAUUACUCUAUAGAAGCCUUAAAUUUCAAUGGUAUACCCAUUGUUGUCACAGAGACUGGCUGGCCAUCGUUUGGUGGAGCAAAUGAACCAGAUGCUACUGCCGAAAAUGCUGAGACCUACAAUAAUAAUAUGAUUCGGCGAGUUCUAAAUGAUUCAGGUCCGCCUAGUCAGCCAAACAUUGCCAUUAAUACAUACAUAUAUGAAUUGUUUAAUGAAGACAAGAGAAAUGGGCCUAUAUCAGAAAAAAAUUGGGGCAUCUUUUAUACUAAUGGAAGUACUGUUUAUCCUUUGAGCUUUAGUGCUUCUGGAAUUUCUUCAGCUGUUUAUUGUGUGGCUAAAGAUGGAGCAGACUCUGAUAAGCUGCAAGCUGGCCUGAGCUGGGCUUGUGGACAUGGCGGAGCAAACUGUGCUGCUAUUCAACCAGGGAAGCCAUGCUAUCUCCCCAAUAAUCUGAAAAGCCAUGCCUCUUUUGCUUAUAAUGAUUAUUAUCAGAAAAAGCAUAGUACGGGUGGAACAUGUGACUUUGAUGGUACUGCAACAAUCACUUCCCAGGAUCCUAGUUAUGGAUCAUGUAUAUUCACCGGAAGUUCUAACUCAAGCACCGGUGGAAUGAGUUUAGCACCUACGGCACUGGGACCUUCAAGUCCCUUUGGAGCAAGUACGAACCUGCAAGUGUCUAGCCUCCAGUAUUUGAUAUGUGCUGUUGGUGUAAUUUUUGCUGUGGUAGUGUUAUGACCAAAAGGUCGAUGAACUUUAGAUUGCAAUUCAAUGAUUCGUGGAAUGUAGUUUUCAUUGGUUUUGAUUGUUACUUUUCUUUAGUUCAUUUUAUUCUUCAUACCUAUGUCCCAUCUUGUGCAUUUGGGGUCUUUGUAAUCUAUCCUUUAAGAUAGAGGGUAGCGGCUUAAAUUUAGUUAGAGGAGACUAACCCAAGA